CCUACAACUAGAGCAUCAUUCUCCACAGAAGAACUGAAUUCAGGCCGAGUGUUUGUAAACUAUGGCUGGACCUUCAUGCCGUUUAGAUAUGUGACGCACGCACUCUUCGUUUAUUCUCUCAUAAAUAGGAGUAAAUGAUGGAAUUUGAAAUAACGCGCACAAGACCUUCGCUUUUUGGCGACAUUGCUCAUGGUCUGGGGUUCUGGACCGAUCGCUCGGCGGUGCAUGAGGCCGCGGCUCAGGGCAGAGCUGUGCAGCUUCAGAAGCUGAUCGAGAACGGAGCGUCUGUCAACAUUGUGGCCGUGGACUCAAUUACUCCCCUGCACGAGGCCUGCAUUCAGGGCCAGACGCAGUGUGUGAAGCUGCUCCUGGACGCUGGAGCUCAUGUCGAUGCUCGUAACAUUGAUGGCAGCACUCCGUUGUGUGACGCCUGUGCUGCUGGCAGUCUGGAGUGUGUGAAGUUACUGUUAGAACAUGGAGCCACAGUAAACCCUCCCCUCUUCACCUUCUCACCCCUGCAUGAGGCCUGCAUGGGCGGUAACUCUAAAUGUGUUCAGCUCAUGAUCGAUGAAGGUGCGUUCAUGGAAGCUCACGACUGUCACUUUGGCACUCCUCUGCAUGUGGCCUGUGCGAGACAACAUCUCGACUGCGUCAAAGUUCUGCUCAACGCAGGUGCAAAUGUAAAUGCUGCUAAACUUCACGAGACCGCACUGCAUCAUGCUGCCAAAGUGAAAAAUCUGGACCUAAUUGAGCUUUUGGUAGAAUUUGGGGGAAACGUUUUUGCCCGAGACAACCUGGGAAAAAGGCCCAUUCAGUACACCAGAGCCGGCUCGUCUCCUGCGCUCUGCCUCGAGUUUUAUGAAGCCACACCUCUCAGUCUUCAGCAGUUAUGCAGAAUUGCUUUCAGAAAUGCCCUCGGGAAACGAGCGCUGGGGGUACUGACUCAACUGGGCCUCCCAAACCGAAUCAUCUGUUUCCUGUCUUAUGUACCAGCUCCUCCCCUGGAGCUCUUCCAGUCCUGACGAUCCGCUCCGCUGCGUCUGUCCAGGUCACGAAUAAUGGCCACAACACUGACUGUGUUUAAGAAUAAGGGAGAUUUCUUAUUGUGAAGCGAAGCUGCUUUAACAGCUGCACUCGGUAUUUGUCACGUGUCUGAUAUUUUCCCGCUGUUACCGACAUGGACGUUUGGUAUGGAUGCAGUUUACUGCCAAAAUAAUUUGAAAGAAGCACCUUUCACUGUAUUUGUGAUGUGUUGCGUCACAUUUUUGCUGCUGACACAUCUUACGAUGAGGCACAAUAAAAGACAAAGAGCUUGUUUUCUCACAAUUAAUCCAAACCAGAAUAAUAGUUGUGCAAUUAUAUUUCAUAAUCUGCAUUGUAUUAUCUCAUUUAAACUGUUAGAUUUGUAAAUCCACUGUUUAUAGUCUUAUUUUAAUUCAGUUUUAUAUGAAUUGUGUAUGUCAUAGAUGACAUUUCAAUGUGUAUAAAAUAUACAUGAAUAUAUUGCUUUAUAAAUGAAUGUUGUACAUGGAUUGUUUUAAAAUGUCGUUUUGGUUUUGCUUCUGUUGUAACUUAUUGAACAUAAUUGUAACAGAAAUUGUAACUUCUUUAUUACACAGUAUUACCGUUAUGUUUUACUUGAACUGUGGUGACCAGACUUACUACUUAAAUGAACACAAUAGAUUUUGUUUUCAGUCACUGCCCUAAAGUCUUAAUUUAAUUCUUAAUAGUUUGCGCAUACUGAUAUUAAAGGUUUUAUAUUAUA